GAUAACAGUAAUUAACCUUAAAUUUAAUGGCACGAGUUGAAAAAUGUCUACUGCGGAAGCUGAUACUAAAGACAGGAUGAAGGUGUGGAGUGACAGGUGGCGUGAUGGAGAUAUUGGUUUCCAUGACGGAGUUGUCAACAGAAUGUUGGUUAAACACCUCACUAAACUAAUCCCUGAGGGGAAAGCUAACAAAGUCUUCUUCCCACUUUGUGGUAAAACUGUUGAUAUGAGCUGGCUUGCCAGUCAGGGUUACAAUGUAGUUGGCGUGGACGGGGUGAAGAAGGCACUGGAGGACUUUUUUAAUGAACAAAACAUUGAAUAUUCUGUUGAAGAUGUGCACAACAAUGGAAAAAGUUUCCAGCUGUUGAAGAGUAAAGAUGGACAGAUAAGGCUGUAUUGUACUGACAUCUUUAACUUUACACAUGACGUUGAAGGGACAUUUGAUGCAGUAUGGGACAAGGGAUCCUUGGUUGCACUAAACAGGGAAGAUGUUUCUGGGUAUGUUGAAAAUAUGAAGAAACUCUUAAGUCCCAAUGGCAGGAUUCUAUUGAUGAUUAAGGAAUAUGAUGCUGCAUUAAUGAAAGAUGUUGAAUGGCUGAACAAACCACCACCUCCUUACCCAAUGUCUGAAGAUGAAAUCAAGACACUCUAUGGGCCUAAGUGUGAAGUUCAUCUUAUACAAAGAGACACCUGUAAGGUAAUGGGCAAGGAGUUUAAAGGUGCUCAAGCUGCUGUGUAUAACAUCAUCAAAAAAUAA